UGCGCAUGUCCAGGAUAUACAAAUGUCAGCGAAAAUCGAUAACGCUCGGAUAUCUCGAGUGGAAACAUUAGUAGUGUUUACUUGUUAGUAAAUAAAAAAUUGCUAAUAAUUUGUGGUAGUGAAAAUUGAGUUUUAGUUUGUUUGUGCCACUUCCGGUGGGGAAGUGCGAUGAACCCAGUGCCAAAUCCCGAUUUCAUGGAGGUGCGUGCUAUGCAACAUGCAUGCCACGCAAAGCAACAGUGCUUCGUUUUCACAGAAAUCGCGGACAUCGAACUGCCUCCUGAAAUAACAAAGUUAACUAACGAAAAAUACAAAAACAGUGGCAUAACCACAUGUAAGGAACAAUGCGGUGAUAUGUUAGUGGACCAUACACGCACGACGUCCCGAUGUCGAAAAGUCGUUAUCGUAUUAGGUUUAGUGCUUGUUUGCUUUGCCAUGGCUGGUGGUAUACCAUUAGCACUGCAGCUACGUUCUUCGUCGUUGCUAGAGGCAAGGCUAUCGUUUAUCCGACGUUUAUUAACUGAAACACCAUUGAUCGAAGGUGUUUGGAAGCCAACGAAACGGGAUAAUAACUAUAAUGCUAGUGUUUUUGAGGCGCGCCAAAAUAACGUUGGUGCAUUACUUUGGCCAAUUGCUGUACCCUGUGGCGCGCAGUAUUUGGAUGCAGUACAGCUGGCACUGGAAGGAAUUGACGAGGCCAAACGCAUGACAGCACAUACUGAUUCCAUGCAUAUAGCGGAAUCUGCUGAUGAAAUGGAACAAAUUCACAUUAGAGGUGAUGUUGCUGUGCUGAUGGGUAUAGGCGGUGGUCAUGCUUUGGGUGCUAGCUUAGCUGUACUGCGCUCCAUGUAUCUUUUAGGUGUACGUUUUGUUUCGAUAACUAGUUUAGAGUGCACCACUCCUUGGGCUGCAGCAGCCAUAAAAACUCGAGAUUUUUUAAUGGAAGAAAAUGCAACGAAUUCGUUGAAUGAAUUUGGCAAGAUGGUACUUUAUGAAAUGAAUCGCCUGGGAAUGCUUGUGGAAAUUUCACAAUUAUCUGAAGCUGGAAUGGUAACUGCCCUACGUACGGCCAAAGCACCAGUGCUGUUCAUUAACUCUACUCCUCUCUCUCUUUGCAAUAGUACAAAUGUUGCUUCGAUACCGGAUCAUAUUUUAAGGUAAU